GGAGGUAGCUCAGAGUGGCCGAUACUUCAGAGGUGGGAAGUUCCAUGGGAAUGGCAGACUGUUUCCUUAACUUCGUUCGCUUGUGCAUUAAGGCAGUUUUGUUUUGACAGGAUUAACCGAGAUGGCAGUCAUACCGUUUUUAGGAAUUGAUGCUGAGAAACUGAGUUUGGACGAUAAGGCGGAAAUUUUGUUCCUGGAUCAAGGCUUAACAACUGCAGUGGUGCUUGCUGUCAUAUUCACUGUUGCCAAAACCUUCGAGCCACUUCCUGAAGAUAUUCUUCGCUAUGAUUUGAGACAACCCUUCAACCUGCAAAAAGGAUGGCUCGUGUGGGGUGGAAUCGGUCUAGUUGGUGCUGUUGGUGCUAUUGCGUUGACAGGUGUUGCUUUAUCCUUGUUCAGGACAGAGGCACCCGAGAGAGAGGUAGACUCUUUGAUGAAGCUUCUUCCAUUAAUUGGCUCCUCAAGCAUCAGCACCUUAAGCUUAGUGGGCAUAACUGGAAUCCUUGCCCCACUUCUUGAGGAGACCGUCUUUCGUGGAUUCUUCAUGGUCUCUCUUACUAAAUGGGUCCCAACCCCAAUAGCAAUUAUCAUCAGCUCAGCUGCAUUUGCCCUUGCCCAUCUCACACCCGGCGAAUUUCCACAGCUGUUUAUUCUAGGAAGUGUUUUGGGAUUAUCGUAUGCACAAACCCGCAAUCUCAUUACCCCAAUGGUCAUACACGGUAUUUGGAACUCAGGAGUUAUUUUACUACUCACUUUUCUUCAGAUCCAAGGGUAUGACAUUAAGGAACUAUUGCAGGCAAACUAGCUUUGAGCUUUUGCUCUUUGUUCUGUCCGUAAUUAACAUCGGAAAGCUUCAUCGAUUUUAGUAAGAUCUUUUGUAUUCGAGAAAAGAAUUCAUACUAUGCAAUUUGGGUUUUGGUCAAGUUAUAUGUGAUACUUAGCCUUAUUGCCACCACAUCAUGACAGUAGUGUAUGACUGACUAAAAUGAUGGAGAAAACAAAUUUAUUUACACAUUACAAAAUA